CAUCUCCUCAGCAACAUUCCAAACCGAAGAGACAGCUGACCUGGGUCCCAGCAUGGUCUGGCCAGUCUAAAUACUGAACAGGGCAGUGGGACCCGGCCUCCCUAGUCUCCCAACCAGAACAAACAGAGGCAUGCGGAGGGCCAGCGGGCCAGCUAUCCCAGACGCCAUGGGCAACUGGAUUCCUCAGAGGGAACACAUCUCGACUCCUGCUCACUGCCCACUGACUGACCACCUCUCAAGGAUUUACAGGGAUGUGGACAACGUAUUUCCACAUGCACAGCAAUAGAGGCUCAGCAUUGCCUUGAAGGAGGUUUUUACUUCAUACAUUCUCAGAUUUGCUGAGGAUGGAUAGAGACUUCAUCGACAAGUUACAGGAACAGUGCAGUGACCACAUGUCAUUUCUGUUGUAUAGGAAUGGUUGUUUGUAUUCAUAAAACUCCUGGUCAAAACAUCAUCUUUAAACUAAUACUUUACACUGGAUUUGUCUUAUGGAAAAUCCCUCUCCUUUUAGGACCACAUGUUAUAGUUCUUGUUCUUUUUUCAGAUGUCUGUCUCGUUUUAGUUUUGCCCAGAAGAACUGGGAUUUCUUGUGCAGUGAAAGGGACACAAUGCAAAAAGCAUCUGUUCCAUGAACAAGAGAUGUAGAAAGAAAAAAGUGUACCAAAACACUCUUCAGCCCCGCUUGAACAAAAAGGGAAACAUUCCUUACCCCAGGACACUUUGAACUGGUGACUAUGAUUCCUUACCCCAGGACACUUCAAACUGGUGACUCUCAUUCCUUACCCCAGGACACUUCAAACUGGUGACUAUCCAGGAAAAUAAAGAAAAAGGAGUACAUUGUUUCUGCAUAGAUCUGAUGAUUUAUUGACGGGACACAUCAUGCAAGCAGGUUUACAUUUUGCCGUAAUCACCUCCAUCAGAACCAGACGAAUAGACUUUAAGAUGAAAAAGUCUGACAGCACCAAGUCCCUGCUAAUUAAAUCUGAACAGCUGCUCCGUAUCGAGGACCAUGACUUUGCAAUGAGGCCUGGCUUUGGAGGGGCAGCUAUUCCUGUGGGCAUAGACGUGCAGGUGGAAAGCAUUGACAGUAUAUCUGAAGUCAACAUGGACUUCACCAUGACUCUGUACCUGAGACACUACUGGCAGGACGACCGGCUGGCCUUUCCUUCCAGCAGCAAAAAGAGCCGGACAUUUGACGCUCGGCUGGUGAAGAAGAUCUGGGUGCCGGACGUGUUCUUUGUCCACUCCAAACGUUCCUUCAUCCAUGACACGACCAUGGAGAACAUCAUGCUGAGGGUGUACCCUGACGGCAACAUUCUCUACAGUGUCAGGAUCACUGUGACUGCUCUUUGCGCCAUGGACUUCAGUAGUUUUCCUUUGGACACACAGAAAUGCUCACUGGAACUGGAGAGCUAUGCGUACAAUGAGAACGACCUCAUGCUCUACUGGAAGAACGGGAAUGAUUCAUUAAGGACUGAUGAGAUCGUUCUCUCACAGUUUUUUAUUGAAGAAUUCCACCCUUCCUACGGGCUUGCCUUCUACAGCAGCACGGGUUGGUAUAACAGGCUCUACAUAAACUUCAUCCUCAGGAGGCACAUCUUCUUCUUCAUGCUGCAGACCUAUUUCCCCACCAUGCUGAUGGUGAUGCUCUCCUGGGUGUCCUUCUGGAUUGACAGGAGGGCUGUGCCUGCCAGAGUGUCACUGGGUAUCACAACAGUUCUGACCAUGUCCACCAUCAUCACAGGCGUGUCAGCCUCCAUGCCUCAGGUGUCUUAUGUAAAAGCUGUGGACAUCUACCUGUGGGCCAGCUUUCUGUUCGUCUUCCUGUCCGUCAUUGAGUACGCCGCUGUCAACUACUUCACCACUGUGGAGGAGAUGAAGAAGCUCAAGGGGGGAAAGAUCCCUGCAGAUUUCAAUGCCACUCAAACUAUGGCUUUUGACGGAUGUUACCAUGACAAUGACAUUGACCUGACACCCUUCCCAGAGCUCCUCAGCACCCCCAACACAGAGCGGAGUCGGACGGCCACGUCGAGGAACUCUGCUGCAGAGCCCCCACCCACAGAGGGCACCAGGCUACGACGCAAAAAAUCCAUCAAACACAACCUCAGCUUCAUUAUGAGUAACAGCUACAUGAUUGACUCCUACUCCAGAGUCGUCUUCCCCAUGACCUACCUGAUGUUCAACAUCAUCUACUGGAGCUUGUACUCAUGAGUGUGUACUCUACUAAUAAAUAUUGAUAGAACUACACUGCAGAACUACACUGCAGAACUACACUAGAGAACUAUACUGCAGAACUACACUGCAGAACUACUCUGAAUAACCAUACUGCAGAACCAUACUGCAGAACCAUACUGCAGAACCAUACUGCAUAACCAUACUAGAGAACCAUACUAGAGAACCAUACUAGAGAACUAUAUUCCAUAACUAUACUAGAUAACUACACCACAGUACUAUACUACAGAACUACACUGCAUAACUGCACUACAUAGCUAUACUACAGAACUGUAUUGCAGAAUUAUACUGCAGAAUUAUACUACCAUACAUGAUCUAAUAGGUUAUUCACACUGACAACAGCAUCAUCAUCAAGCCGUUGUAUUCUUCCACCCAUUGGAUUAUGACCUAAACCAUUGGUGUCUACCAGAGUGCAUUGUGGGAGUUCUGGACUGUCAAGCCGAACUGAAGAAAAGAGACUACUGAGUAAACCUGCUUUUUAUUAGAAAUCUGCAUUCAGAUGGGAAGUUGGUGGUACUGUUCAUGGGAGUGUUUCUAUUGUAAUACAGGUUGCAUACUGGUAAUUCACCAAAAAUGACAGAUUAAUUAACAGGUCAUCUAUGGCAAUGGUAACUUUGGUAAUCUAACUUUUGAAAAAAUAAUUUCAAUAAACUCUGAAACACUGCAACUCUUCCAACUAUUGACUUUUUUCACAACUGCCACCAGUUUGGUGCCAAAAAAUUCUACAAAUACAUAUUGAAAUAGUAAAAUAAUAAAAUAAUAAAAGCGUGUAAAGAAAACCUAAUGGAUAUUUGAUGCUGAAACUCUCAUAUUAAACACCAAUGGUAUUCAUUAAAUUGCUGGUUUAUAUUUAGGAUAAUGUUUUACAGAUUUGUAUAAUUUUAGAAUCAUCUUAUUUGAGUAUUUUAAAUGUUUUACACGUGAUAAGGCCACACAGAUGGCCAGAGAUAAUGACAGACACCUGUGGUAAUCUGAAGUACCCAAAAAGGGCCACUAGAUGUCUUGUGAUAAAUUACAUUUAAUCCUUUAAAAAGUUACUAAAAAAAUGGUGGUAGUUUACUGGUCAACUUUGAAAGUUUCCAGUAAUAUACUCUCCGUUUGCAACCCCAACUGUAAUGGACAGUUGUUUUUUGUCCACUGGUUUAUACAUUUAGUUAAUGUGAGUAGUAUGAAUUUAAAUGUGCAUGAAAAUGAAUGUAUACAUGCAUGUGUCUGUCAAAUCAGUGAAUAUAAGUAAAAAAAAUACUAUAUCAAAUUAGCUUAAAAUAAAACAUUUAUUUUAAUUUA